CGUAGCACAACUCCAUCGUAAUGCGUAGUACAACUCCAUCGUAUUAAUGUUUCUUCUGAAAUCGUUCACUGUCAGUAGCGCAGUAUCCAGUUCCAAAUGCACUUGGUGUACCAUUUGGACAGAACUCCCCUACCUUUUGAAACUCAUAGUCUCCAACGCUGAUCGAUGCCACCGCCUUUUGUGUACAACUAGUAUUGCGAAUACAAGUGCAAAAACAAGAACACACCACCAACGUCUACUCUUGCUCCUCCUCUCCUCGUGCUCCGUCCCCAAACACCUCUACCAAACCCAUGGGUUCUUGGUCCGCAGUGGUCUCGAUCACAAUAUCCUUGUCCUCAGCAGAUUCAUUGACGCUUGCUCCUCCCUGGGUUUAUCCGAAUAUGGCUAUUUGGCUUUCAUCCACAGCAACUACUACUACUCCAACAACAAGAAGACCACCAUCCAAUCCAAUUCCAAUCCGCCACCAGAAGACAUCAUACACCUAUACAACACAAUGAUCAAGGCUCUCUCUCGUCAACCCCAUUCUGCCAAAGAGGCCAUUCUUCUUUACAACAAUAUCCAACUAGUCCCCGGCUUACGCCCGGACUCUUACUCCUUCCCCUUUGCCUUGAAGGCGGUCGUUCGUCUAUCCUCAAUCCAAUUAGGGAGACAGAUUCACUGCCAAGCCGUUGGAACCGGACUAGACUGUGACGUUCACGUGUUGACGGCCCUAAUUCAGAUGUACUCAUCCUGCGGCAGAGGGUGCGUGGUUGAUGCCCGCAAGCUGUUUGAUGGAAUGCACGUUAGAGACGUGGCCCCUUGGAAUGCGAUAAUAGCCGGUUAUGCAAAGGCUGGUGAUGUUGAUGUUGCGCGCUACUUGUUCAAUCGAAUGCCCCAAAAAAAUGUGAUUUCUUGGACUUGUAUCAUUGCAGGUUAUGCUCGGGUGGACAGGCCGAGUGAUGCAAUCUCCAUCUUCCGCAGAAUGCAAAUCGAGGGUGUGGAACCCGAUGAGGUCGCAAUGCUGGCUGUGCUCUCAGCUUGUGCAAGUUUGGGAACCCUUGAAUUGGGAGAGCGGAUUCAUAACUAUGUUGACACACACAGGCUGCGCAAGACAAUACCUCUUAAUAAUGCCCUCAUUGACAUGUAUGCAAAAUCAGGAAAUAUCGGAAAGGCGAUGGAAGUUUUUGAAAAAGUGAAGCCAAAAAGUGUUGUAACUUGGACGACAAUAAUAUCUGGACUGGCAUUACAUGGGCUCGGGAGAGAAGCUUUGGAAAUGUUUGCUCGCAUGGAAAGGGAUCAAAUUAAGCCAAAUGAUGUCACUUUCAUUGCUGUUCUUUCUGCUUGUAGCCAUGUCGGAUUGGUUGAAAUGGGUCGCUGGUUUUUCAACAGCAUGGAUUCAAGGUAUGGCAUUAAGCCAAAGAUUGAGCACUAUGGCUGUAUGAUAGAUUUACUAGGACGUUCUGGUUGCCUCCGUGAGGCUCACGAACUAGUAAUGGAGAUGCCAUAUGAAGCUAAUAGUGCUAUAUGGGGGUCCCUUCUUGCUGCCUCUAGAAUGAAAGGCGAUGUAGAGCUAGCAGAACUGUCUCUGCAACAUCUGAUCAUGGUGGAGCCCCAUAAUAGUGGAAAUUAUACACUUCUCUCUAAUACUUAUGCUGCAGUUGGUUGGUGGAAUGAAUCUGGGAUGGUGAGGAAAGUGAUGAGAGACUCGGGUGUCAUAAAGGUUCCAGGUGGGAGUUCCAUUGAAGUGAAUUAUAGAGUUCAUGAAUUCAGUGCUGGAGGCAGAUCACAUCCUGAGUCUGGGAGGAUAUACAAAAUUCUCUCCCAGAUAACUAUACAGUUGAAGAUGGCAGGGAAAAUACAUAGGGAACAAUGGGGGAUGCUUGAAUAUGAAAAUGGAGGCUCUACUCUUUAAUUUUUAUGGGAUCUUGUUUCAACAUGCUUGAGUGUUGUUAAGAAGUUUGUAACAUAGAUGGCAGGGAGUCUACCGUUCUAUGACAACUUGCUUCAAUCACAACUUCAUGUAAAGGUCAAGAAAACCCAAACUCUCUUUAGCAGAUCCACUCCUCAAGCAACUGACAUACAGUUGCAUUGAGACCAUGAAAUUCCCAUUUACGUUGUGAUAGUACAAUUGAUCAGCCAAAACCUGGAGUUCUCUGCUCCGUUCGAAUGCAUUUUUUCCCAGAAAUUUUUUUUGCUAAUGCGCUUAGGUGCUUUAUUAAUAGCUCGUAAAGAUGUAAUUCCAAUGCAUGGUUCUGGGAGCUGUGCUCGGUUCGUGGAGAUUGUUGCUAUCCAAUAGGACAGAAGGACGAAGUUGUGGUUAUGUGAGAUUGAAUGCCACUCCUCACAAUUUCCAUCCCUAUCUACAUGCUGAACUGGACUGAUCAGCCAAGGUGGAUGCUUCAAAGCAUUAAAGCAUAAAAGAAGUCAUGCUCGAGGCCCAAGCUUUUAAAUCCCAAGCCCAGAAGAGCACAGUUGCAUAACGUUUGGAUUUUCUGUCUUAGAAGAUUGCAUAUCCCUGAACAAGUUGCAACAAAAGAAAAAAUACCUUUGCGUCGUUUUCUGCUGAUGUUUGGCAAUCUACUCCAGAUUUUCUUCUGCUGCAAAGGGUGGGCCUCAUAAAUCUUGGUAACUUCAAUGGCAGAGCUGCCAUAACAUUUCCAAUCUUUUUCACUGUCUCUAUGUUGGAUUGUGGUUCUUCAAGCUCAAAAGAUAGAUGGGAAACCUCCAGUUGCUUGCUUGAAGAUGGUGGUGUCCCUACUGUUCAUUUCAACUUCUCGUUGCACCUUUGCUUCCUGUUUUUAACUCGUUAACCUUAUCAGUGUGAACUCUAAAAGUGAAGCUACAAGAAAGAGGAAAAGGAAUGGAUAUUAUUAGAGAAGCAUUUUUCUAUAUAGUUGAAAAGAUGAAGCUUCUGAGAUGGCAGAUCUGGGAAGCUAUGGAGGCGAAGCCCAAUAAGUUGGUUGUUUAAUAUGUGUGAUUAGUCAGCAAUUUUUGAAACCACUGCAGGAAUGGACUACAAUAAUGAUAUAUAAGGAAAUGACAUGCUCUCUCUCUCUCUCUCUCUCUCUCUCUCUCUCUCUCUCUCUACUACGUUUACUACAGAAAUGUGCAUUUAAACCAAUUACGUAAAACCUUUUUGCUUCAUGCAAGUUAGUAACUACCUAACUGGUACCAUAGUCACCAUAUAUGAUUAGAAGUUGUCAGUUUCAUAGCAGGUUAAUGAUACGAGGCUUAGUAUAGUAGAGUUAUCUUGAGAAAGGAUGAGCAACACGAUGUUUCAUUG